AUGUCUGUCGCAAAAGCAUUCAACUGCUUCGUUGGAGCAUGGGGAUUCAUCAAUGCUACCGCUGUCAACACCACCACCGGAGCAAUCAUUCCGGAAUGGCAUGGACCCUACCCCAGCGGCAUGUCCGUCUACGACCCGUCGGGCUACAACACCUUCAUCAUCACGGCCAACGACACGACCGAGCCCGAGCGGCGGCCGAAGACGGUGAGCCUGCCCGCGAAGCCCGGCGACCCGGUGCAGACGUGGGCGACGAUUGCGCAGCACAGCCUGGCUGUCGGCGGGCCCUUCUACAUCGUCAACGCCACCGACGGGACCGACCAUCACGAUUACGACCGCAACAGCAACAAGAAGAACGGGCCCUCGGGAUACGUGCGUGAGAAGUCCAUCACGUCGACGCUGCCGGCCUGGGUCGGCAUCGAGCUGUUGAACGAGUUCGACUUUUACGACAACUGCAACACGCACGUGCUGCGGUCGAACCCUACGCCGGGCAUAGAGCAGAUCGUGUGGUUCUACAGGCGCCCGGAUAACUCCAAGGGUCAAGUGAAGGCAUGA